AUGAGUCAGCCCCGCAUGGAAAGUGUCAAAUUGAUGACGGUUGGAGAUGGUGCAGUUGGUAAAACAUCUCUCCUCAUGUCCUAUGCUCUUGAUAAAUUCCCAGAAGACUAUGUACCAACUGUUUUUGAUAAUUAUACAUGUACAAUGGUUUACAAUAAGAAUAUUCACGUGUCUCUUGGGCUAUGGGAUACAGCUGGUCAAGACGAUUAUGAACAAAUGCGUCCUCUUGCUUUUCCGGGAACUCAUGUUUUUCUCAUUUGUUUCUCAUUAAUUAGUAGAUCAAGUUUUGAGAAUGUGGAUUCACAUUGGAUUAAGGAAAUUAAAACAUUCUCUAAAGAUGUUCCAUUUGUGUUGUGUGGAACGAAAUUAGAUUGUGUUUCAGAACCUGAAAUUCUUAAAAAACUUGAAGACAAUGGUGAAAAACCAGUCACCAAAGAAGAGGGAGAGUCUCUAGCCAAAAAGCUAGGUGCCUAUGCAUUCUGUAUGUGCAGUGGUAAAACACAACAAGGAAUAACAGAAGUAUUUAAAAAAGCAAGUGAAGCUGGAUUAUUAUAUCAAGGAAUUCUUCAAAAAUCUGAUCUCGAAGGAAAUAAUACUUCAAACACUACCAAGAACCCAAAUUCUACACAAAAUCCAAACACAAAUUCAAGAGGAGACAAAAACGAUGGUUGUUGCAUCCUAAUGUAA